CUGGCACAGUGAUCCACACUCAAUGCUCCACCUCCUAACGGUCAAAACCUACAUGAAACGGAGAGAUUUGAAGUUUGACUUGCAGCUGACAGAGAUAGACAAGAGAGAGGAGGGAGAGAUAGCGGAGGGGGGAGGACAUCUGUGAGAAGCUCCACUUUCUGGGGCCUUUCAGCUCGAACAGGACUGUAACUGGGAUGACUGUGGUUCCAUUUCUCCCUUAUAGCUCACGGUAAAAUAUAGUUAAAUGAGAACAAAAAUCCAAAACGGAACAAAAGACAAGAGAGAGGGAUCAGUGCUGUUGUCGUUGUUCCACCUGUGGACAUCUCAGACGGCUUGAUGGCUGUCACCCAGGCCGUGCUCCCUUCCUUCAGCUCCUUCUCCAGCCUCUCACACUCCAGCGACAAUAUGAAAGUGUGGAAGUCUGAGGGUUCUCUCCCUCUGGACUCCUCCCCCAACGUUCUGUCGCCGCACAGCUCGGACCAGCUGCAGGUCGCUCAGAACGUGACAGAGGAGCUCUUGGACGACGACAGCCAAGCCUCAUGGGACAUUGAGUUCCUGCUGUCGGAAUGGAGCAGCCCUUCCCCCGAGGCCGUCCCGUCCCUGGACUGUGGCGGCGGUGGUGGCGGUGGUGGCGGCGGGCAGCGGCCGCCGCAGCUGGAGCCGGGCGAGGCCUUCCCCGGGCAGGAGAGCCUGCAGAUGAACGGCGGCAGCAGCUUCAUGGCGGAGCUCCUGGCCGCCCCCGAGGCCGCGCCCGUGCAGCCGGAGCUGUACCACCACGGGUUCGCCGACCCCCACGCCGGCCGGACGGCGUUCCACAGCAGCGUGCACUGCGUCAGUCAGUUCGACUUCUCACAAGCAGGGAGUGCAGAGAGACACAGCAGAGGAACCAUCAGUAAGGUCACGUCGUGGGACUUCGCGUCCUACUACCCCCAGCAGCACCCCCCCAUGGUGGCUCUGCCCGACAGCAGGUUCAUCCCGCCCCAGGCCGUGACCCCUGACCCCCGACACUACAGCUACAUGCCCCACUUCAACCACAACGUCGGCCUCUUCUGCGACUACGGCCACAGCCCGGCCGCCGGCCACCUGCCCCUCCACCAGCAGCCCCUGCUGGUGGCGGCGCCGCUGCCCCCUGCUGGGGGGGAGGGGAAGCGGGGCAGGAGGCCGACGGGGAAGAAGAAGCCUGCGGUCCACAGCUGUGAAUACCCCGGCUGCACCAAGACCUACACCAAGAGCUCACACCUGAAGGCCCACCAGCGCACACACACAGGGGAGAAGCCGUACCACUGCUCCUGGGAGGGCUGCAGCUGGAAGUUCGCGCGCUCGGACGAGCUGACGCGCCACUACCGCAAACACACCGGACAGAAACCCUACGAGUGUGUGCUGUGUCAGAGGGCCUUCUCCCGCUCGGACCACCUGGCCCUGCACAUGAAGAGACACGCCUGAACCACACACACACACACACACACACACACACACACACACACACACGGCCUGGACAAGCUACCACUGGAUUUACUGAUAUUUGAUCAAUUCUUAGUUUAAUUUCGCAGUAGAGACAUUCCAUUUUUAAAUGUUCCAAAGAAACGAUUGAUAUGGACUCUAUUGAUUACUUCCCCUGUUAUCAGAUAUCACAGAAUGCAGCAGAGGCAGAGAUAUCAUGGCGUCACUCUCAACCAGACGAGACAUGUGAAAACCUGGUUGUCUCUGACUCAGGCAGCCACGAAGUUUUAUUCCAAACAAAUGUAUUAAGACCCACAGAACCACUGAAGAAACUCUGUCUUUUAUCUGGUAAAAUGGGUUAUUUGAACUUCACCUUGCUGAGUCAGAACAGACUUCACAGAUGACUUUAAGAUAGAAAUUCACUGAUUUGUGCUGCAUUCUUGUCCCCAUUCAAAUAAGGAUCAAUAAUGAUAAAAAAAAAAAAAAAAAAGACAUUGUCGUUGCAGGUAGAUUGGCUUCAGGUCUUAGAGGAGUAUUGAUCGUAUAAAUGUCUUCAGCAUCAAACGCUCCUGUUCUCAUGAUCCACUCAUGGUUGAUCCAUUAGAGCCAGUCUGACACACACUGUACACACUGCGGGACACGGAGGCGACAGACUGAAACACUAACACACCACGCAGUGUGUACAACAUGAGCGCUGACAUCUGAUAUCUUUCUCAAGACGACCACAGUAAUGACUGCGUUUCAAAACCAGCCAUGAAGUAUUAGUGUGUCAGUAUGUCCUUUUCUAUUUGUGACUUUAAUUUAAGAAAAACUUUUUUCUUUUUUUCUUUCUCUUCUAGAAUAUUUUGAUGCUGUAGAUAUUAGUUUACCUGCAAAAAAAAAAAAAAAAA